AUGUCCGCGGGGAAGCGCGGCUCCGACCCACUCGAGCGGGGCAGGGGCGGUGGACGAUGGGCGCCGCAGCGCAGCGACCCCCGACGCGUGGCCGCGGAGGAGGACCACGACGAGUACGAGGAGCGGCGGCGCCCCCACGACCAUCGCAGCCGCCAGCGCCAGCAGCAUCACCUCAGCAGCGGGGGCACGCGGCGCCCCAGCAGUCGGCACGAGCGGCGUCGCAAACGCAGCCGCGGCCUUCGCGCGGACUACGACAGCGCGAGUGACACGAGUGCGCCCAGCGGGGACUGGGAGGAGGCGCAGCAUCACUCGCAUCGCCGCCGCACACGGCAGCGGCGGGAGUCCUCGCCGCAUCGACGACAUCGUCACCGUCGCCGCUCCGCGUCGUCGUCGUCGUCGUGCGGGCGUGGCUCGCGUCGGCCGCAGCGUCAGCAGGAGCAGCGCCGGCCGGGGGACGAGGAGCCGCGCGGCACAGGGCGACGAGCCCGCAUCGAGGAAGAUGCCCCGCGGUCUGUCACCCCCACUGCGGCAGAGCGGCGUCAGCAACAGCUCCUCUCCGCGCUGGACAGCCAGCUUGCCUCCUAUCGAGGCCGUGGCCGUGGCGUCGUCGCGGCGAACUACAACGACGCAAGCAACGGCGGCAGGACGCAGCAUGAGGGACAGGGGCAGGGCGACGCCGCAGCUCCAUCUACACGCGUUGUGUUGUACGGCGUGGACCUGGGCGUGCAGCCGUGCCACCUGAACUCCAUGCUGGAGCAGCUCGUUGGGCGGCGGCCGUUAAGCGUCUUCCGCCCCGCCGCGGUGCUGCGGCAGUCUUUUUGCGACACGGCACCGACGGGUGAGGGAGCCUCGCCAGGGACACUGCCGGUUGGUGUUGGCGCAGACAGUUGUCUUCGCUUGGGGCUUUACGAUGUGGGUGGCGCCGGCGGCGUGGUGGUGAUGGAGCUGCCGCGGGAUGUUGUGCUUGUGGAGUCGGCCGUGGCGGCGCUGAACGGGGCGUACGUCAACGGAAGUCCCAUCGCGGCGGUGGCGGGGUGUUGA